CGGGAAUGAGCGAUCCUGGUGAAGAUCUAUGUAGACAGUGAGUGGACAGUGCGAGUGUCAGAAGAUUGCGAAGAAACUGCGUUAAAGCGAAGCGAGGAACACGUGUCAUCAGGGUCGGGCAACAGCCGAAAGCCGGCAAAAUUGGGGACUGACCAGCGCGAAAUUUGUGGAACACGCACUCGGAAGCGUGCUACCACAAGUCCCAGUCGGUAGUCUGUAUGGAUGCGGGAGGUCUCCCAGUCUUUCCUGGUGCCAAUCAGGCCAAUCACCUGAACAACCUUCACCUGCAGCAGCAGCAGCAACAGCAAGCUCAACAACAGGCGCAGCAGCAACAACAGCAGCACCACCUGCAGCAGCAGCAGAAUCAGCAACUGACUCUGCAGCAGCAGCAGCAAAUGCAGCUGAUCAACAGUCAACAUCUCCAGCAACAGCAGCAACUUCACCUCCAACAACAGCAACAGCAGCAGCAGCAACAACAACAGCAGCAAGGGGACCUGAUCCCCGCCAAACGUCAGGCUGUGUUUGAUCGGCUCAAGCGACGGAUAGAAACCUACCGGCGCCGACAGAACGAUUGUACCCCGCGGUUCGAACAGACUUUCAGUGGAGUGUGUGAACAGCAGGCGAACGAAACCAGUGCCCUGCAGAAGAAGUUUCUGGAAGCGAAGAACAAGCGUGCGUUGAAGAAAGCGGAGAAGAAGCAAAGUGAUCAGCCGCAGUCGCAGCAGCAGCAGCAGGCGCAAUCGCAGCAAUCGGUGCCGCAGCAGCAGCAGACGACGAUCGCGGGAAAUUUGCAGAGCAGUGUUCAUGUGGUAAUUAUUGGCUCUUCGUACUGUAAAGAAACAUUGACACCGUCUACGCCAAAGUUUCCGGUAUUGUAUGAAAGACUGUGUUCAAAACGUGGAAAUCUUUCAAAAUAUCGCAGAAAGACUCACUAGGGCCAUCGAAAGGAUUAAACUAGCAUCAACUAGAUUAUCGUCGGAUAGCCCUUUAUGGCUUGGUAAAGUUUGCUGAAAAUAAGUUUUCUUCUAUUAUGUAGAUUAUUCUCGAGGUAUAGGAAAUUUUAAAAUGUCUAAGAUUCGCUAGCGCCAGCUAACGAGUUAGUCUUGAAUUGAAUAUCUUAUUGCACGGAUAGCUCAUGAUGUCCUGCUUAACCUUCUUCGUGCAUUAGCUGACGCUCACCUCGCUGAUGUAGUGCACGUUUUGGGGUCUUAGUGACCCCAAUGCAUGACGAGGGUUAACUCUACCGAAGACGAAAUUCAAUUCGUCUUAGCAGACUGAUCCGU